UGUUUCUGGAAGAGCGUGAACGGCAGUGAUUCAGAGUAAGGACAUGACCCAGGACAGCCCCUGCGAGGACAGAGGACUGAGACCCCCCAGGAUGCAGCCCUGGAGCAGGAGCCUCAGGACCCUCCUGCUCUGCCUCCUGCUUCCCUGGCCAGGUGCAGGGCAAUUCGAUGUGAUAGGACCAAGCUCACCAGUCAUCGCCAAGGUUGGAGCAGAGGCCGUGUUCUCCUGCCACCUCAACCCCUCCACGGAUGCCCAGGACAUGGAGAUCAGGUGGUUCCACGCCAAGAAUUCAGAACUGGUGCAUUACUAUAGGAAUUCCCAGGAUAUCCUGGAAAAGCAGCAUCCAGAGUACCACAGGAGAAUGGAGCUCCUCAAGGAUCAGAUCAGCCAAGGGCAGGUGGCCCUGAGGAUCCACCCCAUCCACACUUCAGAUGGAGGGGAUUACAAUUGUUCAUUUGCAAGCUCCACACACCACAGUGCAGCACAGUUCAGUGUGGAGGUCACAG